UGUGGGCGCCUUUGCAACGGCCGCGGACGCCGCCGAGUGGUCUGUGCAGGUUCGCGGGUCACUGGCGGGGUUCGCGAACGGGUGCGUCGGGAGCCAAGAGAUGGAGGGCGACGCUUCAGAUCCAGAGCCUCCAGAUGCCGGGGAAGACAGCAAGUCCGAGAACGGGGAGAAUGCGCCCAUCUACUGCAUCUGCCGCAAACCAGACAUCAACUGCUUCAUGAUCGGGUGUGACAACUGCAAUGAAUGGUUUCACGGGGACUGCAUCCGGAUCACUGAGAAGAUGGCCAAGGCCAUCCGGGAGUGGUACUGUCGUGAGUGCCGAGAGAAGGACCCCAAGCUGGAGAUCCGAUAUCGGCAUAAGAAGUCGCGGGAGCGAGACAGCUCCGAGCGAGAUGGCAGUGAGCCCCGGGAUGAGGGUGGAGGGCGCAAGAGGCCUGCCCCGGAUCCGGACCUGCAGCGCAGGGCAGGGGCAGGGACAGGGAUUGGGACCAUGCUUGCUCGGGGAUCUGCUUCGCCCCACAAAUCCUCUCCACAGCCCCUGGUGGCCACGCCCAGCCAGCAUCACCAGCAGCAGCAGCAGCAGCAGCAGCAGCAGGUCAAACGAUCAGCCCGCAUGUGUGGCGAGUGCGAGGCCUGCCGGCGCACGGAGGACUGUGGUCACUGUGACUUCUGCCGAGACAUGAAGAAAUUUGGGGGCCCCAACAAGAUCCGGCAGAAGUGCCGGCUGCGUCAGUGCCAGCUUCGGGCCCGGGAAUCGUACAAGUACUUCCCUUCCUCGCUCUCGCCGGUGACGCCCUCAGAGUCCCUGCCAAGGCCUCGCCGGCCCCUGCCCACCCAGCCGCAGCCACAGCCGUCGCAGAAGCUGGGGCGCCUCCGAGAGGACGAGGGGGCAGUGGCAUCUGCGACAGUCAAGGAGCCACCGGAGGCUACGGCAACACCCGAGCCACUCUCGGAUGAGGACCUCCCACUGGACUCUGAACUGUACCAGGACUUCUGUGCAGGGGCCUUCGAUGACCACAGCCUGCCCUGGAUGAGCGACACGGAGGAGUCCCAGUACCUGGACCCAGCGCUGCGGAAGAGGGCGGUGAAAGUGAAGCACGUGAAGCGGCGGGAGAAGAAGUCUGAGAAGAAGAAGGACGAAAGAUACAAGCGCCAUCGACAGAAGCAGAAGCACAAGGACAAAUGGAAACACCCAGAGCGGGCUGACGCCAAGGACCCCGCGUCGCUGCCGCAGUGCCUGGGGCCUGGUUGCGUGCGCGCCGCCCAGCCCGGCUCCAAGUAUUGCUCCGACGACUGCGGCAUGAAGCUGGCGGCCAACCGCAUCUACGAGAUCCUCCCGCAGCGCAUCCAGCAGUGGCAGCAGAGCCCGUGCAUCGCCGAGGAGCACGGCAAGAAGCUGCUCGAGCGCAUCCGCCGGGAGCAGCAGAGCGCGCGCACCCGCCUCCAGGAGAUGGAGCGCCGCUUCCACGAGCUCGAGGCCAUCAUCCUGCGCGCCAAGCAGCAGGCGGUGCGCGAGGACGAGGAGAGCAAUGAGGGCGACAGUGACGACACGGACCUGCAGAUCUUCUGCGUCUCCUGCGGGCACCCCAUCAACCCACGCGUUGCCUUGCGCCACAUGGAGCGCUGCUACGCCAAGUACGAAAGCCAGACGUCCUUUGGGUCCAUGUACCCCACCCGCAUCGAGGGGGCCACACGGCUCUUCUGUGAUGUCUACAACCCUCAGAGCAAGACGUACUGUAAGCGGCUCCAGGUGCUAUGCCCCGAGCACUCACGGGACCCCAAAGUAAGGCUUUCCCAUCCCCGCUCCCUUCCUCCGCCCAUGUUUGCCCCUUCCGCUGCCCGGCCUCCUCACCGUCAUCCCUCUCUUUUCUGGGGCACCCCUUCCUUGCAUUCCUCUCUUCCCUCUGCCCGCCUCUUGGUUCCUUCCCACUCUCCUCUGAACUUGCAACUUCCCCCACCCACCCCGGCCUCCCUGCAGGUGCCAGCUGACGAGGUAUGCGGGUGCCCCCUCGUAAGGGAUGUUUUUGAGCUCACGGGUGACUUCUGCCGCCUGCCCAAGCGCCAGUGCAACCGGCACUACUGCUGGGAGAAGCUGCGGCGCGCCGAGGUGGACCUGGAGCGUGUGCGCGUGUGGUACAAGCUGGACGAGCUAUUUGAGCAGGAGCGCAACGUCCGCACAGCCAUGACCAACCGGGCGGGCUUACUGGCCCUGAUGCUGCACCAAACCAUCCAGCACGACCCGCUCACCACCGACCUGCGGUCAAACGCGGAGCGCUGAGCCUCGGCGGCCCACACGUCCUCUCUCCCUGCGCUGCGGGCGGGCCGGCCCUGGACCCCCGUUUGUCUGGUCUGCCAUUCAUGUUUCUCCGACGGUCCCGAGUCCCUGUGCCCGUCCGUCCACCGUCUGACUGCCUGUCUGCCCUUACCAGAGGGCCUCGGAAUUUCACAUCUCUCCGUUCUCUGUGCCUGGGUGGGACUGUGGAGUCUGCUCACCCGUGCCUCCCCGAACUCUGGUUUUGUUAAUAAAAUU